CGAAGACUUGAAAUAUAACAACAAAUUAUAGCUGAAACGGAGAUAAUGUCUGUUCUUAGGAAAUUGGAGGCUGAUGUAGAAAUUGAGGCACCAGCUUCAAAAUUUCAUGAAUUGCUCCAUAAGAGAUUACACCAUGUUUCUAAAGCUUCUGGAGACAAAGUUCAAAGCUGUGAAUUGCAUGAGGGUGAUUGGGGAAAAGUUGGUUCUAUCAUCUAUUGGAACUACUUUCAUGAUGGGAAGGCAAAGGUGGGAAAGGAUGUGAUAGAAGCUGUGGAUGAAGAAAAUAAUUUGAUAAGUUUCAAAGUGAUAGAUGGAGACCUUUUAAAGGAUUACAAAACCUUCAAUUAUACCAUCCAAGCUGUGCCAAAAGGAAAGGGAAGUGUGAUUCACUGGACAAUGGAAUAUGAGAAACUUCAUGAAAAAGUUGCUGAUUCUCAUUCUAUGCUGCAGUUUUGUCUUGCCAUUUCCAAAGACAUUGAUGUUCAUCUCCAGAGAGGCAAUUAAUGAAGAUAUGCAUGAACAGGACAACUUUUACCUAUGCUAUAUUAUUAAUCUACACCAAACUAUCUAAUGCCAAAUAAAUGCUUGCAUGCAUGUGUGGAGCAAGUUUAAUUUGAAAUUACUUUUCAAUUGAAAGUGUGUGUUUUCAUGCACUUGAAAAGUUACUCUAAAUAACUUGGGUCAUAGUUCAAUUUCUUCCUACUUUAAUCUAAUUUCUAGUAUUGGGAAUAAAGUUGCAGAAGUUAUUUUAGAAUAAAAUUGAUGUCUUCAAUAAUAUUCAUUAUUCUCUCUCCAGUUUUCAAAUACAAUAAAUGAUGAUGAGAGAAAUGAAAUCAAUUUUAUUUGUUUGUGUGGUGCUAUGGGCUAACCUCUUUGAAUUAGGAGGUAUAUAUAAUAAUGCAUUACUUUAUUUCA